CUCCGUUUUUUUGUUUUCCUUGUUGUAAUCUUAUAAAUUGUUUAGUUAAUUGUUAACUAUGUAAACCUAUGGAUUGACAAUUUGUAGAACUGUGAUUAAGGAAUAAAAUUUGGUACGGAGAGAGUUUUUUUUUCUUCUCCUUCUUUUUCGUCUUCGUCUUUAAAUGUUAACCUAAUAGGCGCAGGUACAAAACAUUUUGAACAUAAAGAGACCUCGAUUGUUACGAUCUCUUUAUUUUCUUUGCCUUCAUUAGUUGAUCAUCAUCAUUAACUACGAUAAUCAAGUCUAAAUCAUCAUCUUCCUAAUCCCUCUUUUUAUCUAAUCUCACUCUCUCUCUCUCAUCUUGUGUCAAAUGGAUUAUUGUUUAUGGUUUUUGGCCCAUCGAUUGAUUUAAUCACCUUAAAUUACUGUUAUCCUGUUAAUCUUAUAAUCUAAUUGUUUUAAUCUGUUGAUCUAAAUCUGGUCAAUAUCAGAUGAUCACAAUUUGAAUAAGAAAAGAAAAAUUUAAAUUUAAAUUUCUGUCAUUCACUUUUUCAUUUGAUUGGAAAGAAAUUGUUUUACUACCUGUUGAUUAGUUUUACCUUUUAAUUUUCUUAAAUUGUUCCCAAUUGAUUGUGUUCCUUUUAAACGUUUAAUUGUUUCCUAAUUUUCUCUGUAAAUUAAUCAUGGUUAAAGUAACCAGUUUGUUCAUUUCACUGAUUAUGCUAAUUGGAAUUGCUUUUCAAAAUUGUUCCAUCAUUCCUGUUAACAGGUUAUCAGAUAAUACAAGUGCAAUGUUAUCCAAACCUGAGAAUAGUUUAACAAAACCCUCUGAGCUUAAUUACAGGUCCAAAAGGAGCGGCAUUUCGGACCAAAGAUUAGCUGAACUCGAAGCACUUUAUGCCCUUCGAAGACGAGACAAUGCAUUAAGAGCUCAAAAUCCAAUGGGAAUCGGUGAUUUUGAUUUCGAAAGGCUGGGUAAACGUAAACGUCGCGAGGAAAAAAUAAAUUACCAAUCAUCAUCUUCAUCAAUUCACCAACCACUACAAUCUGAUGAUUAUAUUUCAGUUGAUUCAUUGGCCUAUUGAGAUAUACUGGUCAUCCUAAUGGUCAAUUCAUUAAUCUAAUAAUAACUCGUAAUCUUAAUUUAAUAUUAUCACUGAUCAUCAUUUUCAUCUAUCCAAUUGAUGAGAAAACUUUUUCUUAUAAACUUUAAUUUAUUAACAAUUGAAACAAACAAAAUCUGAAUUCUGUUAAUUGUUUGGUUAAUUUUUCUUCCUAAUGUAAUCUAAUUAAUCUAAAUCUCAUCUCUCUCUCUCUAAUUUAAUUUAACUUGUUAUCCUUUUAAUCAACUAAUUGUUACAACAGCAAAAAUUCACUAUCUCAUUCCUUUGUUUUUAAUUAGUAGAUGAUUGAAUCUUAAUUGUGUUCAAAUAAACAAAAAAUAAUAUUAACUAAAUUAUAAGAAUAAUGUAAAAACCGAGUCAACAAUUAAAAUGAAUUGAAUUUGAAUGGUUAAUUUUCAAUAAUCAAAUAACAAAUUAGUUGUAUUAAUUUACUUUAAUUUGAACAAUUAAAAAAUUAUGUUGAUUACAAUUGAAUAAAACCAAAUAACUGAAUUUAAUCAACUUUUUUUUUUGAUUAUGAUUUGAUUUGAUCAACUGUGUUAUCCUUAAUUAAUACAAAUGUAAAGAUACGAUUAGGAUAUAAUUAAGAUGAAACAAUUAGUAUCCUUUAUACUUACAAAUCACAAUUGAUUGUAAAUUAAUUGUCACAGUUUGAGAAAUAAAAAUUGAUACAAAUGAUUUAAUCAACUUUGUUUCCAUGUUAAUGGUGAAAAUUAUUCCAAUCAAUUUAAAAAAGAUGAUCAACUAAUUGUGACAAUUAUAAUGAAUGAAUUGAGUUGGAAAAAUAUUCAGUGAAUUGUGACUUUGAUAUUACUCUGAUCAUGCUAAUCAACUGUAAUCAUCAACUAAUCAUAUGUUUCAUUUUAGCGUCAAUUGUAACUGUAAAUACUUUGCAAGGUGACAAUUUAUUAAUCCAAAUUCUUCCUACACCCAGUACAACCACUCGAAGACCAACAUUUCCGCCCAGUCCACCGACGACCAGAACAACCGUUAGACCAUCACAUCUAACCACCAGGCCACCAAAUUGUCCCCCAUGUAAUUGUACCAGUGCAGCAGCUUCAGGAACCCAAAGGACGAACCGUAUUCUUGUGGGUGUUGUCUUUGUGUUGGGUUUAGGUGUUGUCACCUUACUUGGAGUUCAAAUGUACAGUAAAUAUAAUAUUAACAGUAAUCUUAAACCUCCACCUCGAUAUGGACAAUCGGAGGAAAAUUUUGAUUAUCGUGUUCGACGACGACCUUUACCACCUCCCGUUCAAAGAGUUCGAAUGGUCCAACGUCCCCCAGUCGAUGCUUACAUGGCACCAGCUCUUCAACCUUCCACACGAAGAUCAUCAUCAUCAUUCAACACUCUCUUCAUGGAUCCAGGUUCAAAUAAUCCAUCAGCAUUUGAGAGCAGUGAAAUGCCCCAAGGGCAAGAAGUACCAAUAAGAAAACAAACUCCCCGAAUUUCCCCACCAAAGAUCAUCCCUGGUUCCCCCGGGGUAACCGGAAUGGUGAUCGGUACUUUGCCCCCACAACCAAUGCCUCCUCCUGAUCGUCGUAAUCAAAACCAGUAGCAAAACCAAAAUACACAAAAAUGAAUCAAAUUUUGCUAAUCAUUUAGAUCAACAAUUAACAGCCAAUCCUAAUCCAAUUUAUUUCUUUAUCGGUUUAAAUAAAUUGUUUACAAAAUUAAGAUUAGAUUUUGCUAAGGAAACCUAAACAGCAACAAAAUUGAUCACUUUUUGUAUUGUCAACUUAUUGAUUUUGUGGUUCAACUUUUAAUUAUUCAUUUUCCUUUUCCCAAUUACCUUAAUUAUUGCGAUCUUUUUUUAAAAAAAACAAUUAACAAUUAAA